UAACUGUCGAACUCCGCCUACUUUUCAUAUUCAGCCGGUCAGUGACCAAUCUACGUGUAAUGCAGUUACAGCGUUUGGGCACGCUCUUUUGUGGUGUGCAAUAGUUUAGAGGAUUCGUUUUUAUUUUUAUCACAUUUACAACAACCAGGAUAAGACAGUAAACACAAUGUUUAAGUUUAUAAAGGCAAAAGGGCCCCAUCAAAGUGCGGAACGACAAAAAUUGCAGAAAGAACUCUUUUUCUACAGAAGGACUCUCCAACACGGAUUUCCACACAAACCGACAUCUUUAGCAUGGGAUUCAUCGCUGAGAUUAAUAUGUAUAGGAACGGCAACUGGCGCUAUCAAAGUCUUCGGACAACCAGGAGUAGAAUUCUACGGGCAGCAUCAAAACCCCAUCGCCGUUACGAAACUAGUCUUCCUCCCUAACCAAGGUAGGGUUGUCUCUCUAUGCGACGACAAUUCGCUCCAUCUAUGGGAAGUCAACAAAAGCUCCUUGGUAGAAGUUAAAUCACAGGCUCUAGAAGGCAAACUUAAGAAAAUAUCAACGAUGUGCCUGGAAUCUGCGGGGAAACACUUGUUGUUAGGCACGGAAGGUGGCAAUAUAUAUUUAUUGGAUUUGAAUACAUUUACCAUGACACCAGAUAUUAUUUACCAAGAUGUUGUUAUGCAAAAUGUUCCACAAGAUUAUAAACUUAAUCCAGGAGCCGUUGAGUCAAUAUUCGAGCAGCCAGAUCAACCCAACAACAUUUUAGUAGGUUACAACAGAGGCCUUAUAGUCCUUUGGAAUAGGGUGGAUAAUACAGCAGUGAAGACCUUCAUAGCAAACCAACAGUUAGAAUGUUUGUGCUGGAAGGAGGACGGUCGAAACUUCCUCAGCUCACAUAAUGACGGCAGCUACAUGGAAUGGAACGUCGAUCAAUCAGAGAAACCCAUCAGCGAGCCGGUGACUACAUACGGACCCUAUUCCUGUAAAAGCAUUCCCAAAAUGUUGAGUCGAAAACUCGGCGACGACAAUCUGUUGGUAUUCUCCGGAGGUCUGCCCAGAUCCUAUAGCGACAAAUUCACCGUCUCUGUAGCUCACGGGGAGAAACACAUUGCCUUCGAUUUUACCAGUAAAGUUAUUGAUUUUAUUCUCAUCGAAUCUAAGGGACACGACGAAUCGGCAGCUAACAACGGCAGUGUAGAAAAUAACACAGCUAAGGGAGAACCAGAGACAUUGAUAGUUUUGGCCGAAGAAGAAAUAGUAGCUAUCGAUUUAAAGGAUGACGGUUGGCGAAUGAUGGAUUUGCCGUAUUUGGCAUCUCUACACGCCUCAGCUGUCACUUGCAGCCAAUAUGUUUCAGGAGUACCGGAGGAACUGUGGGAGCACCUUAAAGAUGCCGGCAAAGUGCAAACCAGUCAUCUUUACUCUAACCGUUCUUGGCCUGUGGACGGAGGAAGCCUUCUUUGUUCCAAAGGAGCUGUACCUAAACGGGAGUUGCUAUUGACAGGUCACGAAGAUGGAACCGUCAAAUUCUGGGAUGCCGGAGGUGUUACUUUUACUUUAAUGUACAAAUUCGGCACGGCUCAGUUUUUCUCUGGUGAUGACCUUGAAGAAGUACAUCCUGAUCCGGAAGAUCUUGAAGACGAGUGGCCUCCUUUUAAAAAAACGGGCAUUUUUGACCCGUACUCCGAUGAUCCACGAUUGGCAGUCAAACGAAUAACCCUUUGCCCAUUGUCUGGUACUUUGGUAGUUAGCGGCACCGCUGGACAAACCGUAGUUGCCAAAUUCGAUACUGAGGUCCUAGAAGGGCCUUUAAAAGUUUCAUCGAUGAACAUUGUCAGUGACAGAGACGGAUUCGUUUGGAAAGGACACGGACAACUAACGCCAAAACAAGGAAGUAUAAGCCAAUCUAGAGGAUUCCAAGCAACGACAAUUCUCCAAGUUCAUCCGCCCGCAGCUAUCACAUGCAGCGUUCUUCAGGCAGAUUGGGGAUUGGUUUCAGUCGGCACAGCUCACGGACUUGCGCUUUUGGAUUACAUCAAAAACAAACCUAUUCUGGUCAAAUGUACUCUUAAUCCUAAUGAUCUCACAGGAGCGGGCGACACCCCAAUAUCCCGACGAAAGUCCUUCAAAAAGUCCUUAAGAGAGUCGUUCAGACGUUUAAGGAAAGGUCGGUCCCAGCGUCGGAACACUAACAAAGACGACAAAAAAUCAGCUACUUCCCCGCCAACUAAGAGAACCUUACCUGCCGCUACUGAUGAGAAUGUAAAUCCUUUGGAGGCCAAACCAGUUGAACGACAAAUCGAGGCGAGACCAGCCGAUGAUUCCAUGGGAUCUUUCGUAAGGUGUUUGUACUUCGCUAGAACAUUUUUAGUCAGUGUGCAAAACACAAACCCCACUCUUUGGGCAGCUACAAAUAAUGGAACUGUCUACGCCUUCACCAUAACAGUUCCGUCGUCUUCGAAACGAGACACAGAUGACGUCUCGUGCAUGUUAGCGAAAGAAAUUCAGUUAAAACACAGGGCUCCAGUGAUAGGCAUAGCCGUAUUGGAUGGAUCUAGUAAACCUCUUCCCGAACCUCUAGAAGUAGAAAAAGGAGUGGCACCACUGCCGGAUACGACUCAGGCACAUCGAGUUGUUAUCGCAUCCGAAGAACAAUUCAAAAUCUUCACUCUUCCCAGUCUGAAGCCUUUCUGUAAAUACAAAUUGACGGCACAUGAAGGGGCGCGAGUGAGGAGAAUGGCUUUCGCCAACUUCAGCUGCCAAGUGGACGAAGUAAAACAUUCCGAAGUGGACUUACUCUGCUUAACAAAUAUGGGCGAUUGUCUAGUACUAAGCAUUCCAGAUCUCAAGAGGCAGCUAAACGCAGCAGCUAUUAAAAGGGAAGAUAUAAAUGGUGUUUCGUCUCUGGUGUUCACCAAGGAUGCUCAGGCCUUGUACCUCCAUUCCUCGUCAGAGCUUCAGAGGCUGUCUUUGGCGACUUCCAGCGUAACAAUGGCUCGGUGUUACUUGCCUCUACCGGCGGGAGCAAGGGAUGACGGCGAACAAGUCGAGGUGGAAGUAGAAAAUGAGGUAUUGGAAUUAUCAGAGGCCCCUUUAGUCAACGGGAAUGCUGAAAGUAAAGAGGGCAGUGUGGCAGACAAAUCUGAGGAUGCACGAACAAACGGCGACGAAACAUUGCACAACGUGACGGUGUCGAGCAGCGUCGGUGAUAUAACCAUCGAUAGCGUGAAGGAUCAUCUCGGUUCAGGUGAGGAUUUAGCCAGAAAGCUUAACAAUGUAACCGUUACGAAAACUGUGACGACAAUCGUUACCAAUAGUAGCAUUCAAGAAGGUGUUGCCACGUCGAAUAGUACUACUACAACCGUGACGACGGGUCAAGAGGCUAUUAUAGAAAAUCUGGAGGACGGAACACCGGCAAAUUUAGAGAUUAAAGAGAUCCAAGUGAGCGAUAUUCUACUGCGAGCCCCAUUGGCAUUGGCAGAAGACGACCCCUAAAUCCACAUUCGGAGGCCAACAUGCCUCCAAAAUGGUCAAAUGAUAUGCCAUAUCAACAUGAUCAGUAUUUCCUUCCGCAUAUUUUUAAUCGUUUUUAAUUAAUCACGUAUUACUAGUAUGUAGUACAAACUGUUUUUUAAAAGUAGUUUUAUCUUUUAUUUAUGUUCGUUACACAAGAUGGUUUGGGAUGAGUGAAAGACAAAGUGGGUUCAACGGGAAAAAAGUUACAAUUUAUUUUUUAUUAAAACAUUUACCACUUAAUGCUAAAUUCUCACGUUCAAAUAGUUGAUGAACACAAGAAGUAUUCGUGGAGUUUGCUACGAAUAAUAAAAGUUAUUGUUCGCGAAAAAUUGACAGAUAUAGUACAUAAUAAUUCACAGAAUUCUUCAGCGUUCCGUAAAAAAUGUCUGAUAUUUUUGCAGCAUUAAUGUGAUCAAAAGUUGUAUACAGUGAUGAGCGCGCUAAUAACCGGCAAAAUAACGCAAAAGAUGGAAAACAUAAUACGUUGUAAAAUAAAAAGAGAUGUAACUAGUAGAGGUGGAUAUUAUCGAUAUAAACGUAUAAAUUAACAUUACAUUACAUAGUUUCUCACCUUUAGACGCCUCUUACACAGGAGUGUGUUAUUAAAUUCUCCUAUCACAGUGACAAUUGUCAUACUCCUCCGAUAGGUGGUCUAAAGGUGGGAAACUAUGUAAUGUAAUGUUACUUUAUAUGUUUUUAUCGAUAAUUUCCAUCUCUACUAGUUUCAUCUCUUUUUACCUCACAAUGUAUUGUUUUCCAUCUUUUGCGUUAUUUUGCCGGUUAUUACCGCGCUCAUCACUGUAUAUGAAGUCCAUACCUGUGUAUGGUAGAAACCGCGAUAGCAGCAGUAUGUACUUAAAACAGUAAUUUAAGUUUAUGAAUUUUUGCAUACUAAACAUUAUCUGCUAAACGUAUUUGUCAAUCACGCGAAAUAUGUUUUGGAAUAUUCUGGAGAUCAGUUAACACAUAUAUAGUUAAAUUGACACUAUAUACGUCAUUAUACAUCGUUUAAAGACGACAUAUUAGUUUUUGUGAUUAAAAAAGACACCUACUGCAACUAAUACCCACUACCUAACCAAUAUAAUUUAAAAAUUGUGCCGUUUUCGCUACAUACACUUUGUAUCAUUAACCCAUUUAAUAUUCAUUAACUUAUUGCAUGGCUCAUUGAACAAAACUAAAAUUUAAACUUCAAAUACCCUUCUCAAACCAUCUUUAAUCUACAAAUAGAAAAGUAUUGUGUUGUGUACUUAGUUUAGUUGUUAGGAACUGUAUCGGGACCACUAUUAUUUUCGAAAAAUCAUCAUUUUUCAAAAAUAUUGAUAGCGAAGAUAAGAAAUACUGGUCAAGUUCCGCGAAACUUAUAGAUAGAUUAUUGUAAUAAAAAUUUUUAUAUUUAUAUAUUAAUAUUUUUUGUAUUAAUAAAUUCGUUUUUGGGGUUUUCACUAUUUCGAACAAAAGAGUUUUUGGCUCUUGUUUUCCCAAGAAUUCGUUUUAUUUUACAAGUGCUAAAUGUUUUAUUUUUCGUAGGAAGGUCUGAGGUUUAUGUUGGUAAACUGAAAAAGUUGUAGCUCUACCAAACUAUGGUUUAAAAUUACUAUCUCUUAUGUCGGAAUAUAUUGUCAAAAUUGGCGGCAUGACAUUAUUUUCAUAAACCACAUAGAAGACAACUAUUCAAUUUGCAUUUACAGCUUUCGGACCGAACCAUGGUCGGUCAGAGAAAUCCUGUGUGCGUAAAGUUUAGGUGGGUAUAUAGUCCAAGAUGCAGCGCUGAAAAAUCUCUUUGAAUUUACUAAAGCUAGAUUUUUCACAGUUGAUUACUGUGAUUGUGUAGAGAAACAUACUGCGGUCGGUCAAGCGAAACGUAGAACAGGGGUUACUGAGAGGGUAUCAAAGUUGCUUUCCUACGAAGGUAAUUAUAUCCAUUUACUAAGUCUGAAAAUCAGUACACACAUUCUAAAUUAAAUAUAAAUAAAAGUUUUUUAUUUAUAUUUAAUAAUAUAAAUAAAAAACUGGGGCCGACCGACAGAGCCAGUCGGUCGGCCCCAGUGAAUGUACAGGGUUAUUCACUAUAUUUUGACCCCCUUGUAAACUGCUUUAUUUACAGAAUUAGAAAAAAAUGUAAAAUACAAAAGUUAUUCGAUUUUUAAAUUAUGAUUUUUUGACAUAUAUAUCGUACUAGUGACGUCAUCCAUUUGGGCGUGAUGACGUAAUCGACUAUUUUUUUUAAUUGGAAUAUGGGUCGAGUGCUAGCUCAUUUGAAAGGUUAUUCAAUUUACAAACAUUAACAUGAUUAUUUAUACAGGGUGUCCAAAAAAAUUUUUUUGAUUAAAUUAAUUGUUUAAUUGAUAAUUAAAAAAAAAUUUGGACACUUUGUAUAAAUAGUGAUUUAUAAAUGUUUAUAGUACUGUAUAGAGAAUUGAAUAACCUUUCAAAGGAGCUAGCACACGACCCAUAUUCUCAUUAAAAAAAUAGUUAAUUACGUCAUCACGCCCAGAUGGAUGACGUCACCAGUACGAUAUAUAUGUCAAAAAAUCAUAAUUAAAAAAUCGAAUAACUUUUGUAUUUUACAUUUUUUUCUAAUUCUGUAAAUAAAGCAGUUUACAAGGGGGUCAAAAUAUAGUGAAUAACCCUGUACAUUCAUUGGAGCCGACCGACCGGCUCUGUCCCGUCAUACAGAUGAUUUAAUUACCUUCGUAGGAAAGCAACUUUGAUACCCUCUUAGUAAUCCCUGUUCUACGUUUCGCUUGACCGACCGCAGUAUGUUUCUCUACACAAUCACAGUAAUCAACUGUGAAAAAUUUAGCUUUAGUAAAUUCAAAGAGAUUUUUCAGCGCUGCCUCUCCGUCUAAUACGAUUGACGACAGCAUUUGUCAUCGGCCAUGGUUGGCUCCGGGAACUGUAUACAGUAUACAAAUUAUUUAGUUACAAGCAUGUCUAGUUUUUUAUAUGUUCUAUUGACUCUUCGGUUGCUAUUACGAGGUCUUUCGGGUCUGUGGAGAUCUGUUUUACUUUCCCACUCUUCUCUCAAUCGGGAAUUUAAGUCAAAAUUAGAAUGAUGAAGCUCUUGGGUAGAUUUCAUGGGAGGUAGCCUGGAUCCAAGAUUAUUUCCAAGAAUAUCUAUAAUGCCAUUUUGGACUGGAAGUUGACGAUUAUACAUAAUUUUGUUAUAUUCUUCUUAAACCAAUGCAUGUUCGCAAGGUAAGUUAGAUCAGACCAAAAACAGAGCAUGUUAAGGUUGAUGCUGUGGACCCCUUAUAGUGCGAUAGAGUUACUGAUUUAUGUUGUUACGUGUUUCAGUUUUGCUAAUGUUUUCAUCAGUUGUUCUCUGAAUGUGAGCGUUUUCUCUUUAGUAGCCCCAAGGUAUUUCGGGUAUUGUAUGUCAAUAGUUUGUUAUUAAGGAACAUUCGUAUUUCUUUGUUUGCUAGCCUAUUGCUGAGAUGAAAAGUUGAUACUUCUGUUUUUGUAAAUACUUGGUUGUAAUCUUUAUUUCUUAAGGAUGGAUAUACAAAAUGUUUAGUUUUCAAUUAGAUAUACGCACUGUAAAUGAAUCGGUGUAAACAAAAACGUUUUAAGUAUUUUUUUUAUUUUUGAUAUUGUGAUGGAUAAAAAUACAUAUUAUGUAUUUACAAAUUAUUUUGUACUGAAAAACAUCAAACAUUACCGCCAAAAGUACCAAAAACACGUUAUUACAGAUUUAUACAGGGUUUUUUCUAGUGUUCUGCAAAAAUUGUUCCCAUGACUUGAAACGUUUUUGUUUACACCGAUUCAAAUGCCAACACUGCUUCAUCGCUGUCCACCUAAUGACACGUGUCGAUUCCUUUAGUCAUUCAUCAUUCUACAGUGACAAUGCUGCAACUCAUUCUCAUAAGCAAUGUUGCCGAUUUUAGCGCUUCCUUAAUUGGGAUAUAUCUAAUCAAACACUAAACAGUCUGUAUCAUCCGUGAGGGUGUCUUCGGUAUUUUUGGGUUGGUGUUUGAGUCCGCAUAUUCAACUUGCGAGAUUCGGUUGCAGUUAUGUCAGAAAUAUAAAGGUUAAAAAGUAAAGGGACAAGCACAGUAUCCCGUGGAAGACCAUUAUUAAGUUUCAAUUGUUUGCUCGUAAUCCCUGUCUGCAAAUAGUAUCGUAUUCUGCUAUUAGAUCUACCUAAGUUUUGAUUCUUUUAAAAAGUAGCUUCUAUCAAAGUUGUUGACUUGACAAGAUUUAGUCCGUACAUAUUCGAUGAGGGCAAAAGCCUGCUCGUUCGGUGGGAAUAUUUUCAAGUAUCCUGUGACUAACUUUGUUGCGAGGAAGUUUGUCUAAUAUUUUGUAUAUUAUUUUUCUCAUGAUCAUCUUUCAAUGCGUCACAGUUUUUCGAUUUCUUUCUAACGCAUUAAAUUGUAUGUGACAGUAAAAAGGCACGUCCGUGAUUACAGACAUUUACAACAUUAAUUCUAGUUAUUCUAGUUGUCGAUAGAUGUCGCCAUAAUAAAAAAAUAUUUUUUUUUUAAUUAGAUAAUAAUAUUACAAAUAUAAUCUGUAUAAUUUAUAAGACUAUACAAAUCAAAGAAAAUACCAUUUUAUAAAUGCAAGAAACACAUUUGAUUUGUUUUUAUUCCAAAUUGAAAAUAAAAUGUGACAACUGUCAGAUUUAACUAAAAUGUCAUGUUAGAAUAAAUGUCAUAAAUGUGUAUUAUCACGGACUUACCCUUUUUCCUAUCAUUUGUUACGCACUGAAAAAUGCUCAUGAAAAGGACAAUACCAUACUGACUUUGGCUACUUAACUUGUAGAAUUGAUGUACGAUGUACAUCUGUUUAAAUUCAAUUUUUCUUCUUUUGUAUUUCUUGUAUACAUCUACUGAAGGUAGAUUUCUUUGUUAAUCAAAACGUUGUUAUCUACGGCGUUGGUAAGUAUUAUACUGUAUAAAAGUGAACUUAGUAGUUUAUUCAAAGCAGUAACGAAAAUAUUAUGAACCGCUUUUAAACUUUGAUAAAUGAAAAAGACGAAUUGACGAAUACUUAUUAUGAUACACAUUUUUGGUUAUACAUAAACCAUGGAUCUUCUUAUAUUUUGUAUUAGACAAUGCUAGGAAGUUAUAUUUUAAAUGAAAUCUUUAUCCACAGUUAAAUUGUUAUCUUAUAACUUAUAGUUGUCAAUUUGUGACAUAGACUUAUUUAAAGUUAUUUGGUUUGACAGGACGGAUACGAAAUCUCAUACAUAAAUAAAUUGAGACAUUACUAUAUAUCAGAAGAAAAGGGGCCAUGGGUAAAUACAAAAGAAGAAGUAAACUACAGUAAAAAUAAUUCAUUUCGUCCAUUCAAUUAUUUUCAUUACAAUUAUUAUUGCAUUAUAAUAAUUGUUAUAUUAUAAUAAUACUAAAUAUUAUAUUAUAAUAAUAUAAUAUUACAUUAUUUUCAAUACAAUAUAUAAUAUUAUUUCCAGUUCACAUUUACGGCUGGCCUUCUUGAUCUUUAUGGUCUUCGUUCUUUAUGUUGAUCUUUUAGUCUCUUAAUUUCUAAACUUCUAUUUACUUUCGUUAAUCUUGAACCAAUUAGGACACUAAUGUCUUAUUUUUCUUAAAUUUCUUUAUCAUUCUAGAGUUAUACAGUAUAAUUACUUCUUCUUCUACGGCACUACAGCCCAAAUUAAGCCUUGGUCUGUGGCUGCUCUUCUCCAUACACGGACCCCUAAAAGGGCUUGUGCGUCGCUGCUUACUGUGUUUUCCCAGCGCUUUCUUGGCUUUCCAACCGGUCUCUUUCCCUGCAUUCUAGCGCACUGUGCUCUUUUUGGUAGUCUAUCUUCUCCCAUUCUUGUCACAUGUCCGGCCCAUUGUAAUCUUUGUAUUGUAAUGAAGUCUGGCAGGGGUGUUUCCUUAUAAAGUUGGUAAAGCUAAAAGUAUAAUUACAGCAAACGUUAUUUAUAGUGAUAUCCACGGAAUGAUUUAUUUUCUCCACAAAUUAACGGACUCAUCCGACCGAUCAAACCCUCAGAGGCGAUCAGAAUAUGGAAAUUAAUUCAGCGGGGAAUCUCUGAAGCCUUAUUUACUGUUAAGUAUUACCGUUUAUUCACAUAAGCUAUGCAGGAGAUAUAAACAUUAGUUGAUAGCGAUGUCGUCAUCAGCAACAUAAAGAUUGCCAUUUCGUUCAGUUUUUAAAUAUUUUUGGAUAACAGUUACUUGUAUAAUCGCUUAAAUUAUUCAUUAAUUUAAUUAAUAGGAUUAUCUUCUCAUUAUCUAUAUAUUCAGUGAUUACAAUAAUUUAUAUACUAUACAAUAAAAACUAAUAAUCGAGGAAAGAGAAAAAGUGAUAAAGUAAUUUUAAUAAUAUACUGUUGCUAUGGAACGAGUACAUAAAUUUUGAACAUCUUAAACAACGAAAAUCGUUGUUUACAUGCACUGCAUUGGCUUAUGAAAUUUAGUAUAGUUAGAAUAUGUUAUUUGGACACAUUGCACCGCUACUGUUUCAUUGUAAUUUACUUAAACAAUGUCGCUAUCCUUUUAAAAUCUGAGUUGAAGAAACUUCACCUUAAUGCCGUUUGAUGUACGUGAUAUACAGUGGUUGCCCAAAUUAUUAGAGACAGUAAAAUGAUUUCUUACUUUUUUGCUCUAAUUGCAUUUUUUUAGCAAGUAGUUGGCUUUAAGGUUUUCAUUUAGUUUUUGUAGCAGAGAGUGUGGUAUUAAGGUCAUAAAACCCAUUGGUUUUAUUAGUAUAACCAUUUAUCUUUUCGCAAAACAAAAUUUUGAAAAUAAAAUCACUAAUUUUAAUAUUCAGUGAUGCCACCCGUUGCUGCAAUGACAGUUUCUACGCGUCAGGGCAUGAUCUGAAUACAAGCUUCUGUGUUAUUUUUUAAGUUUGGGGUAUGAUGACAUUCUUUAAUAUUGUCUUCAAUCAACUGCCGUUUCAUGGUGAUACCAUCUUUGGCAGUCGUUCGUUUAAUUAACUCCCAUAUGCUCUCUAUGGGGUUCAUGUCAGGUGAGAGUCCCGGCCAGCGCAGAACUGCAAUAUUUUCUUUGGUCAGAAAUGCAAUUACACUCUUAGGUUUGUAGCACGGUGCAGAAUCGAGCAUAAAAAUAUAUUUUUCCCCAGGGGACUAUUCUUUGAGCUGGAGCAGUAGCCGAGUUUCAAGUACUCGCUUAAACUGGUCCUUGUCCUUUCCACGAUGUAUAAGCGUCCCAUACCCUUUGCCGAGAUUACAGACCAAACCAUGACACUAACCGGAUGUUUAACAAUCUCUACAAUGCAAUCUGGAUAGAACUACUCCCCUGGACGUUGUCGGAUGAACGUACUUUUGUUCACCUUCUUCUUUAUGUGCCGUCUUCUACCGAAGGUUGGCGACCAUCAAACGAUAGGUUUCUCUGUUUUGUGCCGCAUGUAUUAUGUUCGCCAAAAUCUGAAAUGUUGGUUCAUCAGAGAAAAAUGAUAAUAUUCGUCAUUCACGAAAUUGAUUCGUUAUAAAAAGUUGAACUUGCUAGUCUCCAGUCUUCAACAAUCAUACUCCGGUGUUGUCAAAAAACAAUUUAAAGUAGAAAAUACAAAAAUAUGUGUAGUGUCCCUAAUAAUUUGGUCUUCUUCUUCUUAACGUGCCCUAUCGAGUCCCCUUAACGUUGGCGAUUAACAUGGCGAAGCUGUCUCUGUCUCGAGCUAUUCUAAAUAGUUGUUCUGCUUUCUUUAUUCCUGUCCACUCCCUGAUAUUCUUCAACCAAGAAUGCGUCCUUCUUUCUACCAAUUCCUCUGCGUCCUUCGAUUUUACUCAUCAUAAUAAGUUGAAGAAUAUUAUAUCGGUCCCUUGUGUCCAAAAUGGCCAUCUUUUUAUAUUUGAUGUUAUCAAGCAGCUCGCGGGCAGCAUGUGCUCUCUUAAGGACUGCCGCAUUUGUUUCAAAGGUCUCCAAACGAUUAAUGGUGGAUAUUUUUAAUGUCCAUGCUUCAACACCAUACAAGAGGACUGACCAAAUGUUAACAUUUAAUCAUGCGCUUUCGAAGUUGAAGUUAUCAUUACAGAAGAAUGACCUCAUUUUUAAAAAUGUGCGGGCUAUCUCGAUUCUACAUUUUAUCUCUUUAUCUGAAUUUAGUUGUUCAGUAAUAUGGCAACCAAGAUAUUUAAAACUGGGUACUCUUAGAAUUAUAUGACCAUCAACAAACGGCUAAAUACCAUGUAUUUUGUUUUUGAACAAUUUAUGGCCACAAAGCUAACAACGUUUAGGCAAACUCUCUUCCCAUUGUGUCAAUGGCGUUUAAAAGGUAUAUCUUCACUUAAAAUAACUGUAUCGUCUGCAUAUUAUAUUUAUCAGAAUUCCAUUAACUUUCACACCCAAUUCCAAAUUAUGCAGCGCUUCCUUAAAUAUUCCAUAUGAAUAUAAAUUGAAUAACAGUGGGGAUAGUAUACAACCCUGUCUGAUACCUCUUUGUAUAAUAAUUUGGCCACCCACUGUAAAUCCACAAUUUGAUUUGCUGAAUAUGUCAACGAUUGGGUGGCAUUACCGACUGUGGUAUCGUCGUGAGAGUGCUGUUUUGAAGAUUUCGAAGAUAAAGUAAUUAAACGAAAUUACGAUAUUUUCUUUCAAGUUCUUGUUACUUUUGAGAAAACUUAUUAAAAAACAGUUGUGACUACGUGGACGCAUUUACUUACAGUAAAAUCCAUUUAUCUGCAACCGCGGAGACCUUGAGGGUUUCAGUUAAAUUUCAGUAAGUGUGUAUCGCAUUUUCAGUACCCUUUUUAAUUAUUUAAAUUCCUGAAGAAUAUAAAACUUCAACAUAACUGAAGCAAUCUAUAGGAUAAGCAGAUUAAGAUUAAAAUGGACAAGCAAGUUUAAAUAACGAGGUGAGUAAUCUACUAGCUAGAGUGCAAUAAUUAGGUACAAAAGACGGAAUCUUCUCAUUAUCUAUAUCUUGUGUAGGAAUAAUCCUACACAAGAUUCAACAUACACUAACAAAAACAUUUAAUAUAUUAUGCAUAGCGAGGCCCUUAUUGUUGGUCAAAUAAAGUUUGAAUCGAUCAGUAACUGUCUUUGCAUUUAUCUGCUAGAUGCUUUAAGCUUAUUUUGUAUUCAUCAUCUUCCGGCCUGAUGUUAAGUCCGCUGCUAGACAUCGGUCUCUAUUAACUAUUCCACUAGGCUUUGUCUCGAGCUGUUCUAAUUAAGUAUCCUAAUCUUUUAUGUCGUCGCGUCGCUUUAAUAUGAUGGCGGUCUACUUCUGCUACUAUGCGCGGGGUCGCCAUUAUUAUUAAAAACCUCCAGUCGUCUACUAAUAUCGCAAUGUGUUCUGUCGUCCAUUUCCAUUUUAGUGUCGUAAUUCAUUGUAUUAUAACUUGUACUUUUGUUUUUGGUUUGAUGACUUAGUUUUGAUUAGUCAAUUUUAAAUUUAACUUGAUCGUAGAUCUAGUAGAACAAUGAUAUGAGCAGAAACAACUGAAGAUAACUUGUUUUAAUAAACAUUGGUAUAUAUGAUUUAUUAAAAAUUAGUGUCCAAUGGCAGAUUUGUGUAUAGUUAUAUGACAUUUUGACAACUAAAAUUUAUAUAUUAAAGUUAAACAAUUUGGAUGAUUUGAUGAUGUUUAUAUAGUUUGUUAUAUUUUAUUUAUAUUUUUAAUGUAGUAACUGUGGUUAGAGAGCGAUAGCAGCUUUUUUAUCAAACGAAAAACGUGGUGGAGGUUUAGUAUGACUGUGAGCAUGAGGGUCUGAAGUUUUGCUAUUUAACAAAAAAGAGAGAGAGAGAGAACUAUAUGGCCUUAAACGUUUGUUAGUGUUUUAUAUUCGUAUGUUUCACACGGAACAUCACUGCAGUGAAUUUAAUAAAUUUUUUUAUUACGAA